AUUGUACUAAAAGUGAAAUCUCAAAGUGGACAAUAAUUUUAAGACAGAGGGAGUAUGUCACAUCGGAUCCAAUGUUCCAACGCAAUGAAUAUAUUGGGAAAUUUUCUCCUGCUCAUGGUUAGAAUCAAUGUUUUAAAGUUUUUUUUUUUUUUGAAAAAAAUGAUCUACGGCAGAACCUUACGAUCCGGAGCAUUGGUUAUUCUUUUUUCUAUAGUUAAUCGUAAUAAUUAUUCAAAUUUUAAGGCCAUCCACAGAUGAAAACAUUAACAAAUAAUCAUCAUACGAAAAUAUAUGAAUUUAACACGUAAUCAUGAGUAUUAUAUAAUCGUUUAUCUCAUUGCUUGGGGAAAAUUUGAUGAAUAUUACUGCAAACGUAUAUUUGUAUUUAUUUCUUUUCUUCCAAAUUUUCCUAAAUGAUGAUGAUGAAGACGUGAAGGAGUUACCUGGGAAAAGAAUCUGGGAUGUUCUAGAACGGGCUAUGAACCGCGUCCACUUUGGUAUUGGGCUCAUGGAGUGGUCUACUUGCCGUGAUAUUUCCGCUUCCUAGUCGGUUUACUUAGCGUUCAAAGUCCGCUAACAUUAUCCCUAUAAAUAACCCCUAGCUCUCCCCAAUCCUACAUAUCUCAUCGUUUAACAGAAUUCCUCACAAUCAGAAAUCCCUCUCCCCGUUUGCCGUUUUUUUUUUCUCUGCAAAUCGUUUCAAUUCGAUAAUUCAAUAUGCAGAUUUUCGUGAAAACCCUAACCGGGAAAACGAUUACUCUCGAGGUUGAGAGUUCCGAUACCAUCGAUAAUGUCAAGGCCAAGAUCCAGGACAAGGAGGGCAUCCCUCCCGAUCAGCAGCGGUUGAUCUUUGCCGGGAAACAGUUGGAAGACGGCCGUACCCUUGCCGAUUACAACAUUCAGAAGGAAUCUACCCUUCACCUUGUCCUCCGCCUUCGUGGUGGUAUGCAGAUCUUCGUCAAAACCCUAACGGGCAAGACCAUUACCCUUGAGGUGGAAAGUUCCGAUACAAUUGACAACGUCAAGGCCAAGAUUCAAGAUAAGGAAGGCAUCCCCCCGGAUCAGCAGCGGUUGAUCUUCGCCGGAAAGCAGCUUGAGGAUGGCCGCACACUCGCCGAUUACAAUAUUCAGAAGGAAUCUACCCUUCAUCUUGUCCUCCGCCUUCGCGGUGGUAUGCAGAUUUUUGUGAAGACGUUGACGGGCAAGACUAUCACCCUCGAGGUGGAGAGUUCCGAUACGAUCGACAAUGUUAAGGCAAAAAUUCAGGACAAAGAGGGGAUUCCGCCGGAUCAGCAGCGGUUGAUCUUUGCCGGAAAGCAGCUUGAGGAUGGCAGAACUUUAGCCGAUUACAAUAUUCAGAAGGAGUCGACUCUUCACCUUGUCUUGAGGCUUCGUGGGGGUAUGCAGAUUUUUGUCAAAACCCUGACAGGCAAGACGAUCACUUUGGAGGUUGAGAGCUCCGAUACAAUUGACAACGUCAAGGCAAAGAUUCAGGAUAAGGAGGGAAUUCCUCCAGACCAGCAGAGGUUGAUUUUCGCUGGGAAGCAGCUGGAGGAUGGCCGGACUCUAGCCGAUUACAACAUUCAGAAGGAAUCGACCCUGCAUCUGGUUCUGAGGCUGCGUGGUGGUAUGCAGAUCUUCGUGAAGACACUUACAGGAAAAACUAUCACCCUGGAGGUGGAGAGUUCUGACACAAUUGACAAUGUGAAAGCGAAGAUCCAAGACAAAGAGGGGAUCCCUCCGGACCAGCAAAGGUUGAUAUUUGCGGGUAAACAGCUUGAAGAUGGGCGCACCCUUGCGGAUUACAAUAUCCAGAAAGAAUCCACCCUCCACCUUGUUCUCCGCCUUCGUGGCGGUUUCUGAAGUUCUCCUUUAUUGAAUUCCGUUCUUUGAUGUUCCUUUCUUUGUUUUAAUGGCUAAGUACCCUCUUAUUGCAUUCAUCUUUCAGUAUGGUGAAAUGUAAUGUAACUGUGUUUUUGAAUUUUUAAGUACAAUUGGUUCUUUUUCUUCAUUCGCUCUUGUUUUUCAAUUACUACUGUUCUUGCUGCAUCUGAAUUUGUUCGUCAGUUUUAUAGUGCGUGUUAUUUUUAGUUUUAUAAUGCGUGUUAUUUUAAUUUGAAAUUGGCAAACGCCUUAGCUCUGAGAUGAUGAGAUUUUCAGUAUUGAAUACGUCUGUGUUCUUAUAUGGCAUAACAACCAAAUUUUGGGCGUGAGAUAGUGAAAAAAUUGGUGACCAACCGAGAACACAGCUCCCUCGAGCAUUUAAGGAGUUAACCAAGCUUUCUAUUGGGACUAUUCUAAGAUCAUUGUAUCUUCUUUAUAGAAGCAGACGAAAUGGUUUUAUAUUCUCAGACUCUCAGUCAUUGUGGUGAAUCCUUAGAUGAAACUUGAAUUAGUUUCAAGAAUGAUAAUCUUGGUUAUGCAGUCUCUAGCUCUUGGGUUGAUAUCUACAUCAUAUAUUUAUUGACAUUUUGCAAUCGUAGGUCAGGUUUCUAUGGACUAUGUUCAGCUUCGGCUUUCAAGAAAGUACUUGUUUUACCCAUUUUUGUUUUGGCAAAUGUUGGUUCAUAUGUUUUUUUGCUCCCUCUUAUUCUUCCUUUGUUUUUAGUUGUUCACUACUACUGCGCUUGGUUGUUUUUCAAUCUUUAACUAAUGUGUUUGGUUAUUUUGGAGCUUACAGUUUAUAUGGAGUUUGGUUAUUUUGUUCCUUCCAUGUCAUAAUUAUCCUAUGAGUAUGAUUGUUGCUUGAUGUCUCCACUAUAUUUCUUGUUGGGAGAAUGAUUUUGGCAGAGCAAUAUGUACCCAAGAUGGCUAUAUUUCUGGGUCAGGAAAUAUGUUUUAGACUGAGAUGCUGCAUAAGUGUAUCAAUGGGGAAGCCUCAUUAUAAGAGGGAUAUGAGAGGCAAUAGAUAUGGAUGACCUUGAUUAUAAGAGGAUUAUUGAUGUAAUAUAAAUGGAUGAUUGCAGUCUGCUUAACCAGGUGUUCUUUUUUUCCGGAUGCAAUGAUUACUUCUAGUAGUAUGUGUGGAUGAAAACUUCUGCUGCCAAUAGUCAUUGCUUUCUGCUAUUUGGACGCCAAAUGAUUAGGAGUUUCUGCUAUGCAAUUCAUCUAUUGUUAGUUUUGUUUAUUGAUAUGGUUUUAUUAAUAUGUUGAACUAGAUGGAUCCAACCCUGGUGCACUUUCAUCCCUUCUGAAGUGUGCUACCUCUGUACUUAAAAUGAAAGCAUUUAGGAUAGUACUCCUCCCCUGAAACAUGUCCAAUUUGCAUAUUCACUUUACUAUGAAUUUAAUCAAUCAUUUUGGGACUAAGGUGAAAGGACUGAGUCAUUAUGGUCUGAAAUAUUCUUUUUAUGUUGAGAUUCCCUCUGCUUCUUUUUCACUGGAGGGGAAAACCGGG